AUGGCGCCGCCGCCACCAUCUAGGAUUAUUUUGCCUAGUAUUUCUGAAGAUGGUCAUGCUGGUUUAGCAGAGACAGAUCCUGCAGUUUCAGAAGAAUUUCUUCCUACCAUUUAUGAGAUCAGAUUGUCAUUUGAACAGGCAAGAAUAGAGGACAGGAAUGAAGAUUCUACUACUAAUCCUGUAGUUGCUGAAGUAGCAGAAGAGGAGGAAGAGGUGUGGUCUACACCUGAAAUGCCACACAAUGGGAUGUCUUUUGCAACCAUGGACGAAGCAAGGGAGUACUACAACUCGUAUGCAAAGAGAACUGGCUUCUCGAUUAGAACAAACACGUCACGUCGGUCUGCAAUCACAAGAGAAAAACAAAAGGUGCAGUUUGUGUGCAACAAGGAAGGCUUUGGCAGGAAAAGGAGAGUUGUUGCUCAGCUUGUUGAUGGAAUCACUUGCUACUCUGACAAUGAUGAAGCCGAAGAAGAGGAUACUGCACAAGAAGAAGAGGAUGAGCAAGUAGAAAAGAGGAAGAAGUUUGACGGAUGCACAAUUGGACCGAUCCUUGUUAAAAAUGAUGAGCUGAAUGAGGAGUUUGUGGAUUGCUUAAACCACACUAGCUUCAUACCAGCCUACUACAUGCACAGUUUCUUCCCAGUCCUCCAGUCGACUCAAAGGAGCGAGGGGUUCAAUGCUUUGUUGAAGAAGUAUGUGAACCCAAACUUGUCAGUGCUACAGUUUGUGAGGCAGUACCAGAAAAUACAAGAAAAGUGUCUAGUUGCACAGGAUGGGCAAGACUUCAGGACCGAUGAGAAUGAGCGAAGACGAUGGUCAAGGUAUCCACUUGAGAAGCAUGCUUCCACUGUAUACACAAAGAAUAUGUUUUACAGGUUCUCCAAAGAGUUUGAGAAAACUGCAGAAUAUGAUGUGAAGCCUGUAGGGCAGUUCCAAUAUUGGUUGGAGCCCAAUAAUAGCUUUGUUUUUGGGUAUGGAAAAAGGAACUAUCUUGUUACAGCAAUAGAAGAGGAUGAAAGCUAUUGCUGCGAGUGCAGCAAGUUUGAUAGGGAUGGAAUCAUUUGCUGCCACAUUAUGAGAGUUAUGGUCAGAAUGGGUGUGAAAUUAAUACCAGAAAGGUACAUCCUUAAAAGGUGGACGCAACAAGCAAUUGCUAGUGAUACUAAUCAGGUCCAAAAUGUGAAUGCACCAGUGGAACUUGUAGCCUGUGGGAUGCCAUUGACUAGUGAGAAAACUUUGAGUUUGACCAACACAACCACCGCGUUUGCAGCAAUAGCAGUGGAAGGUUGUACAAAUGAUGAAAACUAUGCUAUUUUGGAGAAGCACAUCAAGGAGAUGAGAUCUGAAUUUGAAGAAAUUAAGAAAAGGACGAUGGCAAAUAGGCAAAACACUAGUGGUACAGAAGGUGGUGCUACAGAAGGUGCACAAAAUGGUACGGGUGUCUCUACUCUAACUGGACCUUCAUUGCAAACUGCAGGUUUAAAAAACUAG